UCUACUAAAAAAGAAAUUCUGUUUUUUUCUUUCUUAAAAAAAAAAACUAAGGAUAAACAAACUUGAUCCUAAUCGUAAACCUCUUUUCUCCUUCACUCUCGUCAGUGCAACCCUAAUCAGAGUUUUAAAUAUUCAAAACUCACUCUGUCUUCGUCAACUCUUCAAAUCUCAAUUCCAGUUCCUUCCUUCGUUGCCGUCGCGAUCCUCUCAAAUCGCACCUCCGAACUUCGCGAAUCGCUGAGCUGUGAACGCGCUUCAUUUGUCUCUGCGAUUCCUCAAGGUAUUCACUCUUCUCAGAUCUAAUCAAUCCUGUAGAUUGUGCAAAUAUCAGCGGAUUUGGUUUAAGUGCUGUUUCUGUUGAUCUGAUUUUGAAGGAUUCAAGUUUGCUAUCUCUGUUUCUCCUAGAUUUUUCUUUACUCUCCAUGGCAUAUCCCUUCUCAGAUUUCAAGUACUCUGACGGCCUCACUGUAGUGGGUAUCUCCUUCUGCACAGCUAUUGUCUGUGAGGCCAUCUCAUGGAUUCUUAUUUACCGUACCAAUUCUUACAAGAACCUUCGAUCCUCCAUCGACAAAGCAUCCAAGAAACUCGAGACUAUGAAGACCGACAGCAACAAAAUUACCAUUAAGAAGUCCAAGACCAAAAAAAUUGACCGUGUUGAGACAAGCCUCAAAGAAUCUAGUCGUGACUUGUCUCUCUUCAAGUUCAAAUCAGGGGGCGUGGUUGCUCUUGUUCUAUUUGUGGUAUUUGGAUUGCUAAAUUCACUCUUUGAAGGCAAGGUAGUUGCCAAAUUGCCAUUCCAGCCUUUUGGGCUUGUUAUGAAGAUGAGCCAUCGUGGGUUGCAAGGUAAUGAUCCCACUGAUUGUUCCAUGGCAUUUCUAUACUUCCUGUGUUCCAUUAGUAUCAGAACAAAUUUGCAGAAGUUCUUGGGUUUUGCACCGCCAAGGGGUGCAGGUGCUGGUCUCUUUCCAAUGCCAGAUCCCAAGACCAGUUGAUCUAGCUCUGUUAUGUUAGCAUUUUAUUUCGCUAUUUCUAGGUUGUUGUUAAACUGGAACUGCAUAACUUUAGUCAUUUAUAUUUUAUUCGGUUUUCUUAGGUCGACCAAUGUGAUUUUAAUUGUUUUAACUGAUACUGAAGAAGCUGACUUCAGUUUUAUGAUGGUUAUUUGCUUGUUUUUUAGUACAAUAAAGAGUUUCUAUUGAUUUUCAA